CAAGGGAGAGCACUCUCAGCACUGGUUCCCGAAAGACUGAAAAGGCGUGACAUGUGGAUGGCCGCUGACAAGGUUUUGUCUCUGUCUACGCCACUUUCCAAUCAAUAAUGGGCAUCCGAGGCUUCACAAGUUUUGUUGACAGCAACAACAAUCGACUCCUUCAGGAUCACAACCUGCACUGCACAAGAGUUGUGAUUGAUGGAAACAACUUCUACCACUUCCUGUACCAGUAUCUGCAUGUCAAACACCAUUAUGGAGGAGACUAUGAUGUCUUCUAUAAAAAGGUCAAAGAAAUAUUUCAGAUGUUUGAAGAAUGUGACAUUAAACCAUUUAUCGUCUUUGAUGGAGGAUAUGAAGCAGAUGGGAAAAAGUUAAAAACAACACUCACUCGAGCCAAAAACAGAAUUCACCUUGCAGGAUUUAUUUCUCAUGGAGGUAGAGGAAGGAUUUUGCCAAUCUUGGCAUACGAAACCUUUAAGACUGUGUUGGUUGACAUGGGAGUUCCGUAUAUUGUGUGUGACUUUGAGGCUGAUAGUCAGAUUGUCAAGCUAGCCAACCAUUGGCACUGCCCUGUAAUGAGUAAUGAUAGUGAUUUUUUUGUGUUCGACCUGAGAGGUGGUUUCAUACUGUUUGACUAUGUAGAUUUUCGAUUAGCCUCCCCAGAAGACCCGCAAACUGGCAAAACCUACCACUGCUUGUCUGUCCAGUUGUAUCACAUCGACCACUUUGCUAAAGAGUUUCCAGGAUUUGAUAAAACUUUAUUGCCUGUCAUUGCAGUCCUUCUAGGGAAUGACUUCAUUGAGUCGUCAUUAUUUGAAAACUUUUUCCACACCCUGAAAUCAGCCUGGUCUAAAUCUCUGCCACAGAGACAUCAAAGGCUGGCAGCCAUAUUGAGCUGGUGUGAGGACUACAAGUCGUGGGAAGAUGCGGUGGAGAAGAUCCUCACGUAUGUUCCGAAAGAAUCAAGAGACAAUCUAAGACUACUCAUUCACAGAUGUAUCCGAUUCUAUAUAGACUUGGAGGAGUCCUUCAGUUUGAGCGACUUCUUUGAUAGUGAUAGUAACACUGCGUUGCAGCAGCGGACUGAUGAGAUAAAGAGUUAUAAUGGCAGCCUAGCUCCAUCCUGGUUCAUCAGUGCUCAUCGAUCUGGUGCAAUCCAUCCGUUUUUUCUCAACACUGUGGUGCUUCAUCGGAAUGUUCUACUGACUCAGGUGGAAAACAUGAAGGUUGCUUCCUCGUACUCCACUUCUGAAAGGAUUAGACAGGUCAUGUACGGCAUUCUUCUGAAGGAUGAUUCUUGUACUCCGAUUGAUAAUCUUUCUGGUCCAAGCCAGGAUACACACAUCUUGGAAUACACGCGAGAUGAGAGUAAGAACCUGAAGAAGACUCUUCUUGAAUCUGUCAACUCUUUACCAAAUUUUGGCCAACUUCCAGGACUAUCUCAGCUUGGAAAUAUUUCUACUGGGCAGCGUGUAGAUAUGAUACUUGAGGUUCUUUCUGUUCCAAACACUUUCCUAGAACUGUGGUCACCUCCUCUGCAGCUUCUUGCAUGUGUGAUUGUGUACUGGAUUCUUCAGUCCCAACCCAAAGUGACAAGGUAUCAUUAUCAUGCCUUACUUGUGUGCAUAAUACUCCUACAGUCAAAGACAAGAAUUCGUCAACUUAAGCAGAAUUCUAGACAUUACAAACAUGAACAAGAAACAGAAGAUGUUUCAAAGGAUGAUAUUUUAAGUUCAACAUCUAAUGAAGGAUUAAGUGAUCCAAAGACGCAGUCCAAACAGUCCUGCCAAGAGGCAGAUCCCAUCUCACAGAUAUGUGUACGGUCAGCUUGUGAGAAGGCAACCGAGUCACAGCUGACACAGUUUCUACAGAAGGUUGACAAACACCAUGCCAAGUUUGCUCCUGUCACCAAGUGCAGCCCAGUGGAGUCUGCCAUCACUCAUGGUUCAUCUCAGUUCCAGGCCUGUCUCCUGGACGGUCUCCAUAUCAACCAGCUGCUGCAGAGUCCUCUGGAACAUCCCCGACCUCACACCUUCUUCAGUGGGGUCUUCCUCUACAACUUCACCAAGGAACUGAGGUCAAGGUCAAAACCUCUUUCCUACAUCAGUGACAUUCUCGGACCGAAGUCGCCCAUGUCAGCUGUCUUCACUCAGAUGGAAUCUUUCAUUUCUAAACACAUUGGGGAGGAUUGUUUUCAGGAAACAGGAACAGGGAAGAAAAACUCCAAGAAGAAAGGGAAGAAGAAGGGAGACAAGAAGAAGACUGACUAUGCCAAGUCUGAUGUGCGCUCUGAGAACUCAGACAAUGAUCUGCCCGAGAUGGUGCAAGCAGCGUGUGAGCUGGACAAUAGGUUCAGCUGCCUCCUCCUUGAUGUUUGAUGAUGGAGGCAGAGUGGGCAUGGUAGAGGUUGUCACAAAAGUUGAAAUUCCUUUUAUAUAGUAGGUGUCUGGUUGGGAAUCCCAUUAGUUUCGAUCUUUUUGUAACGUGUAUUUAGUGAUCACUGAUGUAUUUGAGAAAUAUCUGUUUGUAUUUCUGACUCUUCUCCAGUGCAUUCAGUGUGGUCAGCGUGAUCAACAUUGUAUUCUCAAGUUUUUAUUUCCUGCAUUAUAAAUUAACAAAACAGGUAAUUUUGAUUCUUGUCUGAAUUGUGAAUUGUAUUUACAUUGAACACUACAAUGAAAGACUUAUCACAAUUUGAGGAUUAUUUUCCAUGUUUUAGGUAGGUGGAUAUUCAUGAUAGUCGGGUGGUCAAAUCUAGAUUUAAAUUUUUAUGCUUAUGUUUUUAAGCUAGCUGUUGAUUGCAGACUUUUGAGACAAUCCCUAUUGACUCUCUAACAGUGUAAUGGUACAAAGUAUCUUAUUAUCCAGCCCCUAAACAUACCUCUGGGAGCAUGCUGUUCCCCUUCUACAGGUGUCUUUAUGUCACCAAUUGUACAUAUACCCCUAUGUAAACCUGCCAGUGGGCUCCAAACAGAUGUGUCCCCUUUCAGUAACCAUGACAACCGUUGUCAUGGUACUACAGGGUUGUUGUUACCAGUGUUACAUAUUUUCGGAAAAUGUUACUGUGUAAAUAAAGGAAACUGCACAGA